UAUUUAACUUUUAAUUUUAGUUUCUCGCGGGUUUUCAAAAGCACUUCCUGUUCACGUGGAAGGUCACGACCGGAAAAGGUCACCAGCAUGAUUUGAAGAUGGCGGCCCCCUUAUGUCAGUGUUAUCAGAUGUGUGUAAGAAGAGGUUUGGUGGCCUCUCCUUCCUCCUACCUCCUGCUCACCAACAGAACCCAUGUUUACAGGAUACCUGGGCUCCUCACAACCUCUGCACAAGUGAGGUAUUUGUCCGGAGAGAAGGGUGGCGGCGGCGGCAGAAGAGGUUUUCUCGGGGAGUUUUUGGAUAACCUUAAGCAGGAGUUAAACAAGAACAAAGAAAUGAAAGAAAAUAUCAAAAAAUUUCGCGAAGAAGCCAAAAAACUUGAAGAGUCGGAUGCAUUGAAACAAGCUCGGAAGAAAUAUAAAACUAUAGAAUCAGAAACAGUGAAAACUUCAGAGGUUCUUAAGAAGAAGUUUGAAAACAUUUCAGAUACAGUUAAAGAGGGACUGGAAGAAGUCACUCGGACAGAAAUAGGAAAGAAGAUCAAAGAGGGAAUGGAAGAAGCAGCCAAAACAGCAAAAACCUCAGCAGAAAGUGUCUCUAAGAGCGGAGAAAAGCUGGGAAAGAGCGGCGCUUUCAGAGCAAUAUCUCAGGGCGUGGAGAGUGUGAAGAAGGAGAUCGGAGACCUCGGCCACACGGGCCCCUAUCGGCCUCCAGCGAGGCUACGGAAGAGGAGCGAGUUCUCCUCCAAAGGAGCCGGGGAUGAAGGCAAAGUCUUCGAAGCCAACGAGGAAGCUAUGGGCGUCGUCCUGCACAAAGACUCCAAGUGGUACCAGCAGUGGAAAGACUUCAAAGACAACAAUGUGGUCUUUAACAGGUUCUUUGAAAUGAAGAUGAAAUACGACGAGAGCGACAACGCCUUCAUCAGAGCGUCCCGAGCCGUCACCGACAAGAUGACGGACAUCAUAGGUGGACUCUUUUCAAAGACGGAAAUGUCUGAAGUGUUGACGGAGAUUCUGAAGGUGGACCCUUCCUUUGACAAGGACGCUUUUCUGAAGCAGUGCGAGCGAGACAUUAUUCCAAACAUACUGGAGGCGAUGAUCAGAGGGGAGCUGGAGGUUCUGAAGGACUGGUGUUAUGAAGCCACGUACAGUCAGCUCGCUCAUCCCGUUCAACAGGCCAAAGCCAUGGGACUCCAGUUCCACUCCAAGAUUCUGGACAUAGACAACAUCGACCUGGCCAUGGGCAAGAUCAUGGAGCAAGGUCCGGUGUUGAUAAUAACCUUCCAGGCUCAGAUGGUCAUGGUGAUCCGGAACGCCAAAGGGGAGGUGGUGGAGGGAGACCCUGACAAAGUUCUCAGGAUGAUGUAUGUGUGGGCUCUCUGUCGAGAUCAGGAAGAGCUUAACCCGUAUGCCGCCUGGAGACUUCUAGACAUCUCUGCUUCCAGCACGGAACAGAUCCUUUAAAGACUUUUUAUACACAAAGAGAGAGCAGACGACCUGCACACAAACUGAAAGACGAUGGACCCACUGCAAAAGGACAAACUUUAUUGUCAACACAAUGUGAAUUACUGCUGUUAACACUAUGGUGCCUCACUGUCGUUUUUAAAUUCUGCUUUUAAUCAUUUCCUGGGUGAAGUUCCUCAAAGUAACACCAGAGGGCAGCAAAGUACCGACAUUGAUUCAGACAAUUUUUGAUAUUCAGGAUUGUUUCACCAAAAUCCAGUUUAUUAAGGCUUUAUAAAGUACAUUAAAUCCAUUAAAUGACACAAUUCAGUUUUGCAGGUUAUUAUAAUAAAUAAAGUCUGUUUCUGAGACUUUAAUUUGCUCUCUUUCCCUCCAUUGACAUGAGAAAGGUUACUGGUGUUGGUGACAUUCAUUGCUUUCUUGUUAAAGAAUAUGAUAUUUGUUUGUAUGAUUACUAUUAAAUAAAAUGAUGAUCCCCCAUGGUAAAUAUUUAACUUUAAAAACAGGUUAAUUUUGAUAUAAAAGCAGAUUUCUUCAGUAUUGACACUGAAAAAAGGUUACAUUAGUUCCAUCUUUCUAGGCCAUCGUCUGAUUUCUUCUGGGGCCUUUUCUAAUAUUUUUUUUUUUUUUUCAAAUUAAAUUCUCCAGUGGGAUUUUUGUGUUGGAUUUCAUUUGGGAAAAAUACCACCUUAAAAGCUUUGCAUUUUGGGUAAACAGAACUGUUCGCACUGUAAAAUGUCCCACAUCUAUUCUUCAUUUGACCCUUUUUGGGGAUGAAUUUUCAUCGUAUGGAAUUAGUCACAAUUUAUUGUAAUCAAAUGUAAAAAAAAAAAAAACUAUUUUUUCCUUUUAAUGUGUUUCUUAAUGUUUCUAUAAACACGUUUUUGUAUUUAUGUCAGUAAAAAAUAAGAUAUAAUGUCA